UUCAGAAAACAAAUUUGAUCAGUUUGCUUCUUCAGAAGAUGAACUAAAGAGACAUUCAGUUCUUCAAGGGGAGGGAUGCAGCAAAUCUUGAAACUCCUUUAGAGAUUCAAUUGUGUCUCCAACCUCUCAUUCAUUCACUCUGUCCUUUGUGCAUCUUUGAAUGAUCCAUAUAUACUUCGGUUUGUGAAGCUUCAAAAGCAGCUCCAUCAAGGCAAAAGUUUUAUCUUAUAUACCAGGAGCGAAUUUGCAAGGGUAUUUGACCCAAAAACAGGAAACAAAUUGCAUGGUAUCAUCUGAUAUAUGAUUCUAGCUGUUGCUGAUCAUACACGGCAACCAAAUGCCAUGGAGCCAGGAAUGGAACCACAGGUCCAAGAAACUAUUGCAACAAGCAGAACUGAAUUCCUGGCUUCUUUGUCAUCGAAAGUCAUCAUCGCGAAGGAGCUAGUUACACGAUGCAGCGGUGGAGAUCAAGUGACCCUGGACAAUGAACUCCAAGCCACCAUCAAACAACUAGAGGCAGUGAUCAGAAGCAUGGCAGUUGAUCUCAGCAAUAUUCCCUUUUACAAUUUCGGGAACCAAAGAAAUGCUGACAUUGCCAUGAACCAAUUCAGCCAACUACUGCAAAUUAAUACAAAUCACCCAAGGUUAAAUGGAGAAGGGGAAAGUCCAGUUUCAGCUUCUCACAGGGAGAAUAUUUAUGAAGGUUUUGUUAAAGCUAUGUAUGAUGGCACACAUAGGAACGAUGCUGCCGAAGCAUCAUCCAACAUUCUCUCUCAAUUAGCAGAAACUCUGCAACCUGCUUACCAAGGCUUCUUCUGUCCAUUAACAAAGAAAAUUAUGAUCGAUCCUGUCACCAUAGAAACUGGCAUAACGUACGAACGAGAAGCUAUCGUUGAGUGGUGGUUAGAUAGGUCCUCAGAAAAUGUGAUCUGCCCAACAACAAGGAUUGAGAUCAAAAGUACUGGUUUCAGCAACAAUCUAGCUUUGAAGAACACAAUCAAAGAGUGGAAGGAACGAAGCGAGGCGACUAGAAUCUCGAUCGCAAGCAGUGCUUUGUCAUUGGCCACUUCAGAAACCAUGGUGUUGGAUGCACUCAAGGAGCUGCAACUGCUGAGCCAACAUAAAAGGCACAACAUGGAGCAUAUGCACAAUGUUGGAAUAACACAGCAAGUAGAGCAGCUUCUACGGCAUGAUAGCGUGACCGUGCGGUGUGAGGCGAUGCAUCUUCUGUGCUCACUGGUGGAGGAUGAAGACAGAAAGGUUAUUAUUGCAAAGACAAGAGCCCUCACAAGGACAAUCAAGAUGAUGUCCAGUUACAAUUCUUCAGAGAGGCAUGCAGCUGUUUCAUUCUUACUCGAGCUUUCAAAAUCUGAAAUGUUCUUGGACAAGAUCGGGCGGACACCUGGUGGAAUCUUGAUUCUGAUUACAAUGAAAUUCAAUAAGGAAGCUGAUCCUUUUGCUGCAGAAAAGGCAGAAGAAACUUUGAAGAACUUAGAGAAGUUACCGCUGAACAUCAGGUGCAUGGCAGAGAAUGGAUUCUUGGAACCCCUUUUGCACCACCUCAGUGAUGAUUCAGAAGAGGUGCAGAUGGAUAUGGUGAGCUACCUUGGUGAGAUCUCUCCCGAGGAUUACAUGAAGACUUAUGUGGCAGAGAGAACCUCCAAUACCCUCAUCCAAAUGAUAAGUAGAGGCAAUGCUAUCAUCAGAAGAGAAGCAUUCAAAGCUCUAGUUCAAAUCUCAUCUCACCCUCCCAACAGCAAGAUACUCAUCGAUGCAGGCAUCAUCCCCAUCAUGAUCGAUGAGAUAUUUUUGCGCAGAAUCAACAGCGAACCCCCGGAUUCCCAGGAAGAGGCUGCUGCAAUCCUUGCCAACAUACUCGAAUCGGAUGCUAUCGAUUUCUCCAACAUAAACGUGAACAAGAAUGGCCACACCAUCACCUCACAUUACUCAGUUUACAACAUUGUCCACUUGUUGAAGUGCUCGAUGGCGGAGGAAGUGAAUGUGAACCUCAUAAGAAUCGUACUUUCCCUCACCAAGCUCUCAAAGCCUCUAGCCACAGUCGUGUCAGUAGUAAAAGAGCUCGAUUUAACGCAAACCAUCAUCGAAUUCCUCAAUUCUCGACUAGAAGAGCUAGCAACUGUUGCUGCAAAGUUGCUCAUCGUCCUCUCAUCUCACAUAGGAUACACUAUAGCCACAGGUCUCUGCAAGACACAAGGCCAACCAGAGGGCCUAAUAAAAAACUAUGACAUCAGGCGGAUCUCUGAGAAGCAAGCCGUAUCCGCGAACCUAAUCUCAAACCUCCCGCACCAAAGCACGCCGCUCAAUUUAGCUCUCCUCCACCAAGGCGUGGCACCCUUAGUUCUCGGCAGGAUACAAACAAUUCAGAGAGGCGAAAUACGAGUCAGCAACACGAGGCAGGCAGAGUACUAUUUAGAAGGACUAGUGGGCAUUCUUGUGAGGUUCACCAGCAGCUUGCUUGACCCGGAGAUACUCGAGAUGGCUAUGUCAAGAAAUUUAACAUCAGUGUUUUUAGACUUGCUUGUGAGGCCAUGCGGAAGCAGUGAAGUCCAAAGGUUAGCAGCUGUGGGGCUUGGGAACCUCUCCUCUCAGUCGCUGAAACUAUCAAGGCCCCCUUCAGAGGCGAAAAAGCCUUCCAGAGCAGUAAACAUUUUCUCCAAGUCCAUCUCGGUCUUGAACAGAGAAGGUAGUAGAAUGGUGUUAACUUGCCCAGCGCACCGGGGAGUCUGCUCCUCGACCACUACCUUCUGCUUGCUGGAAUCCCGAGCUGCAGAGAGGCUGUUGGCUUGCCUCGACAAUGAGAAUGCCAAGGUCGUAAAGGCAGUGUUGUCGGCCAUUGGAACCCUCUUGGAUGAAAGCGUGGAGGUGGAGGGCAGUGUGAGGGCACUGAGUGAGCUUGGUGCAGUGAAGAAUGUGCUCGGGGUGUUGAAGGUGCACAGGGAGGAGGAUGUGCUCCAGAGGAGUCUGUGGCUGGUAGAAAGGUUUUUAGAGAAAGGGAAUGAGAGCUUCUGCAAGGAGAUCUACAGUGAUAAGGUGUUGCCGACCGUGCUGGUGUCGUCCUUCCAUAGAGGAGAUGGCAACACCAAGAAGAUGGCUGAGAACAUUCUUAGGCAUUUGCAUAGAAUCAUGAACUUCUCCAGUAAGAGUUUUGUUAUGUGAUGUGUUUUGUGUUCAUUCAGACAGACAGAAAUAAAAACUGAAAUGUUUUUGGUCGAUGAA